AUGGCGCUCUCUCCUCGCUGGUACCAGUUUCUGGUCUGCGUAUUCGCCUCGCUGGGCUCUGUGCUCUAUGGAUAUGAUCUUGGUGUUAUUGCUGAGGCCAUCGCCAGUCCCUCUCUUGUCGAUAAAUUCAAUCUGAAUUCUACAGAGAGUGGAGCUAUUACUGCUGUUUUCACGGGAGGUGCCUUCUUCGGAGCUAUCUUUGCAGGUCCAAUGGGUGAUUCUGCUGGUCGUAAAUACACUAUUCUCGUGGGAUCCAUCGUCUUUUUACUAGGAGGUGGUCUGCAAACUGGUGCACAGACUAUCGGUUAUCUAUAUGCUGGUCGAGCUAUUGCAGGUCUUGGAGUUGGUAUCUUGGUGAUGAUUAUUCCCAUUUACCAAGCAGAGAUCGCACACCCAGAUAUUCGUGGUCGAGUCAUUUCUCUUCAACAAUUGAUGCUUGGAGUUGGCUCUCUAGUAGCCACCUGGAUCUCCUGGGGCACCUAUAUCAACUUUGCUGACGACGAUUCGCGCCAGUGGCGUAUCUCCCUGGGAAUUCAGAUGGUGCCCGCUGUCUUUCUGGCCGCCUUGAUUCUUCUGUUCCCCGAGUCUCCACGUUGGCUCAUUGAUCAUGGAAGAUUAGAGGAAGGUCUACAGACGUUGGCUAAACUCCACGCUCGUGGAAAUGUUAAUGACCCUUGGGUUCAAACCGAGUACGAGCAGAUUACUACAUCGAUUGCACAUGAACAUGAGACAGAGGCCAAAUCAUAUACUGAGCUGUUUACGGACCGAUCGUCCUUCCGACGUCUCUUUUUGGCUUGUUCGAUCCAGGCUGCGGCUCAGAUGACUGGUGUCAGUGCUAUCCAGUACUUUAGUGUUGAGAUUUUCGAGCAGAUGGGCAUCGCAGCCAACAAUACCCUCAAGUACCAGGGUAUCAGCUCGAUCAUUGCCAUUAUUGCCCAGUUUCUCUGCAUGCUUUUCAUCGAUAAGACCGGUCGCCGUUGGCCUCAGAUCCUUGGAAACAUUGGAAACUGCGUAUUCUUUAUUAUUCCUACAAUUCUGGUCGCCAAGUUCCCACCAGGCACAUCACACAACAACAGCGCUGACUGGGCCUUCAUUGUCAUGACCUGGUGCUACAACUUCUGCUACAGUGCAACAAUCGGCCCACUUACCUGGAUCAUCUGUGCCGAGAUCUUCGACACUAAGACUCGUUCCAAGGGCGUUUCAAUUGCCGUUAUGGUUUCUUUCGCCUUUAACACGAUGAUCGGUCAGAUCACCGACCCAGCCAUCAAUGCUAUUGGUGGAGCGCACUUCUAUAUCCUUUUCUGUGUUUGCAACUUCUCAAACGCGGUCUUCUUUUGGCUUGUCCUACCUGAGACGACUAAACUUCCUCUUGAGGAUAUGAAUUCGCUCUUCUUGAAUGAACCUUGGUUGGUACCUGGAACUCAGACGAAGAAGUUUAUUGAGCGAAGUAAGCUACCGUUGCCUAUUGCCGAGGGCAAGAAUGAGCAUUUUAUUGAGCAUGAGGAGACUACAGUCUAA